ACAGAAGGGUGGGCCAGUUGUCAUUCAUGCAAGCAAUCCCAAGCGGCAAGGAAGCCCAAAGUUCCACAUGCCUCUUUUCGCCUCAUCACCAGCUUCCCACACAUGGCAUUUCCUCAUCAACCAACGCCAACACCCUACAUUCUUCUCCUCUUCUCUCCCACUUCUACUGCCUUCUUCUUCUUCUUAUGACCGUACUUUUUUGCUUCUACACCCUCCUAUGCUCAGAGGACUACCUCUCUCUUCCUCUCUCCUCUGCCGCUUCUCUCGCCAAUUCCAACAAUCUCUCUCCUCUCUUCCCAAACACAACGCUUACUUGUACGGCCGCUUUGCCAAGUUUUCCUCCCCCUUCUCGCCCGUUUUUCAUCCUCGAAGGUUUCACGUUCCCAAGGUCUUGGCCAUGGCGGAACGGAAAUCGGAGAACGCGUCCCAGUCUCACAAGCACACCAAUCGCCUCGCCUCCGAGCACAGUCCGUAUCUUCUGCAACAUGCCCAUAACCCCGUCGAUUGGUAUCCAUGGGGUGAAGAAGCUUUCGCUGAAGCUAGAAAGAGGGACGUGCCUAUCUUCUUGUCAAUUGGAUACAGCACCUGCCAUUGGUGUCAUGUUAUGGAGGUGGAGUCUUUUGAGGAUGAAGAAGUUGCUAAACUGCUGAAUGAUUGGUUUGUUAGUAUCAAGGUUGAUCGAGAAGAAAGGCCCGACGUUGAUAAGGUAUACAUGACGUAUGUGCAGGCUUUAUAUGGUGGUGGGGGUUGGCCAUUGAGUGUCUUCCUGUCACCUGAUUUAAAACCUCUUAUGGGCGGAACUUACUUCCCCCCUGAGGAUAAUUAUGGAAGACCAGGGUUCAAGACUAUACUGAGAAAGGUGAAAGAUGCUUGGGAUAAUAAAAGGGACACGCUUGUUAAGAGUGGAACCUUUGCGAUUGAGCAGCUGGCAGAGGCACUGUCAGCAGGUGCUAGUUCUAAUAAACUGCCAGAUGGGCUUGCGCAAACCGCAUUGCGUCUGUGUGCUGAGCAACUUUCUCGAAGCUAUGAUCCAAAAUAUGGAGGAUUUGGAUCUGCCCCAAAGUUUCCCAGACCAGUGGAGAUUCAGGUGAUGCUUUAUUGGUCCAAGAAGUUGGAGGAAACUUGGAAGACGAGUGAAGCAAAUAAGAGUCUGAAGAUGGUUUUCUUCAGCUUGCAAUGCAUGGCAAGAGGCGGCGUCCAUGACCACAUUGGAGGUGGCUUUCAUAGAUACAGUGUGGACGAGUGUUGGCACGUCCCACACUUUGAGAAGAUGCUGUAUGAUCAAGGGCAGCUUGCUAAUGUUUAUUUGGAUUCUUUUGCCAUUACCAAAGAUGUCUUAUAUUCAUCUAUUGCUCGGGAUAUAUUUGAUUACUUGAGAAGAGACAUGAUUGGACCAGAAGGUGAAAUAUUUUCAGCAGAGGAUGCUGACAGUGCUGAAUCCGAAGGUGCUACACGAAAAAAGGAAGGAGCCUUUUACGUUUGGACAAGCAAAGAGGUUGAAGAUGUGCUUGGAGAGCAUGCAACUUUUUUCAAGGAGCACUAUUAUGUAAAGCCCGAAGGUAAUUGUGAUCUUUCCAGAAUGAGUGAUCCCCACAAAGAAUUCGAGGGAAAGAACGUGCUGAUUGAGAGAAAAAGCCCUUCUGAAAUGGCAUCAAAAUUCGGCAUGCUUGCUGAGGACUAUCUUGAUAUUCUGGGUGAAUGCAGACGAAAGCUUUUUGAAGUAAGGUCAAGGCGACCGAGACCACAUUUGGAUGACAAGGUAAUCGUAUCGUGGAAUGGACUAGCAAUUUCAUCUUUUGCAAGAGGUUCUAAAAUUCUCAAGGGUGAAGCUAAGGGCACUAAGUUCCACUUUCCUAUUGUUGGAUGUGAUCCUCAGGAGUACAUGGAAGUUGCGGAAAAGGCAGCAUCUUUUAUCAGGAGACAGCUUUAUGACCAGCUAACACACAGGCUACAGCACAGCUUUAGGAACGGCCCAGCAAAAGCACCUGGAUUUCUAGAUGAUUAUGCUUUCCUUAUUUCGGGUUUGCUGGAUCUUUAUGAAUUUGGUGGUGGGAUCAACUGGCUAGUUUGGGCUAUCGAACUACAAUAUACACAGGAUGAGUUAUUUCUCGAUAAGGAGGGAGGAGGGUAUUAUAAUACCCCAGGGGAAGAUCCUUCUGUUCUCUUGCGUGUGAAGGAAGAUCACGAUGGGGCCGAACCCUCUGGGAACUCGGUUUCUGUGAUUAAUCUUGUGAGAUUGGCUUCCAUGGUUACUGGCAACAAGUCCGAUUACUACAGGCAGAAUGCAGAGCAUCUUCUGGCUGUUUUUGAGACAAGGCUGAAAGACGUGGCCAUGGCAGUGCCUUUGAUGUGUUGUGCAGCAGACAUGCUCGCUGUCCCUUCAAGAAGGCAAGUUGUCUUGGUUGGCCAUAAGCCUUCUUCGGAGUUCGAAAACAUGCUGGUCGCUGCUCACGCACUAUAUGAUCCCAAUAAAACAGUUAUCCACAUUGACCCUUCCAAUGGGGAAGAGAUGCAAUUCUGGGAAGAGAACAACAGCAAUGUGGCUCUCAUGGCCAAGAACAAUUUUGCUGCAGACAAGGUGGUUGCUCUUGUCUGCCAGAACUUCACUUGCAGCGCUCCGGUGACCGAUCCUGGAUCCCUGGUGGCUCUGCUCUCUCAGAGAACUCCAUCUUUUGCAUGAACCAUUUACUGCUGAUUUCCAUCGACUAUGACGAGCAGUCAUCAUGUUGCGAGAGUGUUUUUCGAUUUUCAUCCCUGGUGGGCAAAAUUUGUGAUUCAUGUGCAGUUGGGUUUCUCGCGGUUUAUAUGUAACUACAGUCCGAGACAAAUUAUCCUCCAAGCGUGACCAAAUAUCAGCAAGGGGAGGGCGUUUUUAUUUAUCUUUUGGUAGAGGAUUAGAGGAUUGCUUUUAAUUAUACUUUCAUCCGAUGAUUUUGGUGGUAUCAGGAUCGUCUUGCAGCAUACGUAUGUUCACCAUGGUCACACGUAUGUUGGCGCUAUUUUGAAGAACAAAUGGCCGAGUGCAAUGCAGUUGAAAGAAAAUGCGCCCAUGACAAGCAUAUUACUCGAGUCCUUAGUAUGUCUGUGUAAUGUGUGUAUGUAUAUAAAAUCGUCUUGCGUGUUUUGCUAAGAAACUGUCCGAUGUGAUGUAACGAAAAGGUGGUUGCAAUCUGGGUGAUAACUAUAUGCAAUAAUUUGUUAUUGGAUAUGAAAACUUUGCGAUGUGUAGAGUUGGGUUGGAUUGGCAUUUCUAUCCCCAUAUAUGUAUUUAAUAGUUAAUUUAGUAUGAAAUUUGGAGUUUUGAUAA